GGCACUGCGGUAGGCGCCCUAGGGGUUGGCAGGACCCUGACCCCAAGAUGGCGGCGCCCAGUGAAGUGGACGCACCUGCCUCCGGCGAAGGCAGUGGGGAGGGCAGCUGUUUCGGAUCCUGGCUGGAUGGACGGUUGGAGGCGCUGGGAGUGGACCGAGCUGUUUACGGCGCCUACAUCCUGGGUGUCCUGCAGGAGGAGGAGGAGGAAGAGAAGCUGGACGCUCUGCAGGGCAUUCUCUCUGCUUUCUUGGAAGAAGAUUCCCUUCUUACCAUAUGCAAGGAGAUUGUGGAACGAUGGUCAGAAACUCAGAAUGUUGUCACCAAAGUGAAAAAAGAAGACGAGGUACAGGCCAUUGCUACCCUAAUUGAGAAACAGGCACAGAUUGUGGUGAAGCCCAGGAUGGUGUCAGAAGAGGAGAAGCGGAGAAAAGCUGCCCUCCUGGCCCAGUAUGCUGAUGUGACAGAUGAAGAAGACGAAGCAGAUGAGAAGGAUGAUUCAGGUGCCACCACAAUGAACAUUGGUUCUGACAAAUUUCUGUUCCGAAAUACCAAUGUGGAAGAUGUCCUCAAUGCCCGAAAACUGGAGCGAGACUCGCUUCGAGAUGAGUCCCAAAGGAAGAAGGAACAGGACAAGCUGCAGAGGGAAAAGGACAAAUUAGCCAAGCAGGAGCGCAAGGAAAAGGAAAAGAAAAGGACACAAAAAGGGGAACGAAAGCGAUAACCUUGGUCAACUCUCUUCUUUCUCCUCGUGAACUGAUCAAAGGGAGAACUGGUUGUGCACAUGAGUAAUUUAAGAGAAAUGAGAGAACAUUGCGGAGUGGUUUCUCAAGGCAUUUCCCCUUUUGUUUACAUGGUCAAAAGGAAAAUCACAAACACUUCUAAUUACAAAAUGUUCCAUGUUUCUGUAUUCAGAUUGUUGUAGUUAUCAGUACC